AUGGCUCUCCGCCUUCCUACGCUCCGUCACUGCUUUCGCCAGUCACUCUCAAACCCACGCUUCACACAACGCCGUUGGGCGCAAGUUCAAGAUGUCCGCCUACUUGCAACACAUGGCACCCAAGAGCGCGUAUUGGCCAAAUACAAAGAGAAGCUCGAGCGAGUAGCCAAAGAGAAGGGCUUGAAUGAUGUCUCAGAGCUCAAGGAGCAAUACAAAGACAAGAUCGAACAACUACGGAAACAGGCAAUUGUUCCUGGCGCUACGGGGCCACUGACACCACCACCGUCACCCGAGUUGAACGCAUCGCAAGCAUCAACAUCACCGAGUGCGAAGUCGCCAUGGCCGUCACCGCCUCCUCCACCAACGCCUCGAGACUCAACAGCACCACCCCCCGGCGUCAAGACACUGAACUCCUUCCUCGACCUAGAAAAAGUCCGUGACCUUCCAUUGAAAGAGGUGCAAGCUCUCUGGCGCUUGAGACAUGCAGGAAACCCACAGUCGAUUCACUUUGCCGUCCCCGCGAAUGUUUUCCGAUCACUCCUGCAAACCGCAAAACAACAUCCCGCAUUUGUCCUUCCCGUGCCACGCGAAAUUCCCGUCGAGGGCGCCGAAGCAUCCCCAGAAGCUCCGAAAACCCAACAAGCCGCGGAGCUGCACUACCUGCAAUUCGCGCAUCCGCAUGUCGACACCACUACUUUGCUCUUCACGUCGUUGGCGGAGUUUAAGCUGCGCGGCGAGUUCGCGAGCCCGCAUACCACAGUUACUUUCCACCAAGAGCUGGCGGACAGUCACGAUGUGGUGCUGGGUCAGGGACUGGUGAUUGAGAACAGGGGCGUUAGCCUUGACGAGGCGAGGUGGUUGGUUAUGUGCAUGCAGAAGUUCUAUGUGCAGAGCGAAGAGGGCAAGGGUAGAGGGGAGUUGCUGAAUAUGUUCACGAGGGGCGACAGUGGAUUUCAGGUGGAGAGGCUGAUUGAUGAGGCGGAGAAGAUAUUGUAGAUGGUGAGUUGGAUGGGUGAUGAGUGCAUGAUAGACAUGAUUGUAUGGCACAACGACCGUUCUGUCCACGUCAUCCCUCAAUAGGGUCAUCAGAUUCCGAGUCUUUGGGUGUGCAAGGUAAUACACUACAGGAAACUC